AUGGAGAGCAGUGUGCUCGGAGACUGUGUACUCGGCGAAUGUGUGCUUGGAGAGCUGUGUGCUCGGAGACUACGUGCUUGGAGAGCUGUGUGCUCGGAGACUGCGUGCUUGGAGAGCUGUGUGCUUGGAGACUGCGUGCUCGGAGACUGCGUGCUUGGAGAGCUGUGUGCUCGUAGACUGCGUGCUUGGAGAGCAGUGUGCUCGGAGACUACCUGCCUGGCGAGCUGUGUGCUCGUAGACUGCGUGCUUGGAGAGCUGUGUGCUUGGAGUCUGCGUGCUCGGAGACUGCGUGCUUGGAGAGCUGUGUGCUUGGAGACUGCAUGCUUGGAGAGUUGUGUGCUCAGAGACUGCGUGCUUGGAGAGCUGUGUGCUCGUAGACUGCGUGCUUGGAGAGCAGUGUGCUCGGAGACUGCGUGCUUGGAGAGCAGUGUGCUCGGAGACUGCGUGCUUGAAAAGCUGUGUGCUCGGAGACUGUGUGCUUGA